CUCUCAUCAGUUCGUUGUUAUCUAAGUUCACAAAAUCUCUCUUUCUCUCUCUAGACUUUCUCUCACUAUAUCUAUAUCUGAAUCCACACACACAAAUGUAUAUACUCGCGAAAUCAAAACCCUAGGGGUUCUGUAAGUCCGAUCGGAGAAAAGAAGAAUCGAAAUCGAUGAUCGGCAUUACCGAUCGGCGGUUUAAUCGGUGAGAUUUGUUCGUGAUUGAUUUGAAACGUUUGAAACUGAGAGAUGUAUAAGAACCAGCUGCAGGAGCUGGCGCAGAGGAGCUGCUUUAAUCUGCCGUCGUACAUAAGUAUCCGAGAAGGUCCAGAUCACGCGCCGCGGUUCAAAGCGACGGUUAAUUUCAACGGCGAGACGUAUGAGAGCCCUAACUACUGCACGACGUUGAGACAGGCGGAGCAUUCGGCGGCGGAGGUGGCUCUGAAUGCGCUCGCGAGCCGUGGUCCGUCGAAUUCGUUAGCGGCAAGGAUUUUGGAUGAGACAGGGGUGUACAAGAACCUACUGCAGGAGGUUUCUCAACGGGUCGGGGCAUCGUUACCAACAUACACAACUUUUAGAUCGGGCCUCGGGCACUUACCCAUCUUCACCUGCACCGUUGAGUUAGCCGGUUGUACAUUUACGGGUGAACCAGCCAAGAACAAGAAGCAAGCUGAAAAGAACGCUGCCAUGUCAGCAUGGUCAUCGUUAAAACUUUUAACUCAGCAAACCGAAAGUUCGUCGUUACAGAAAGGGAUCCUUGAGGAGCAGGAGCAUGUGGUUGUAGCUCGUGCAUUACAGAAGUUCAGAUUAAAAGCAAGAAUGUCCAAUAUACCCUUUCCGAUACCCUUUCCGUCACCAAAUCCAAAGCCACAUACCGCACAAUCAACACCAUCCACAACGUCAAAAAUACUUCCGUUAAUAUGCCCGAAAACAACCCCUAGAAAUAGAUCUCACGUCGCCACAUCAUUAGAUAACGAAGGAACUUCCAACAAAACAAACCCACCUCCACAAAAACAAUUCAAAGUCACCUCUACAAACGAAACAGUCACAACCACCCGACCCCACAAGUUCCCCGCUGUCGGAGCGGCACCCUACAUCCCGGUCGGUCACUUCCGGGCUCAUCACGGGAUUGCACCGCCGGUCACUAUACGCAACGCGAUUCCCGUAUUUGCUGCUCCACCGCUUCCGAUUCCACAUAUGGGUAUUGCACCGCCGCAGUUCCGGAGCAUGCCGCCAACCAUGUGCAGUGUAGCACCGCCGGUCACCAUAAGACAAGCCGUGCCGGUAUACUCCGCUCCCAACAUUGUUAAACCCGUUAUCAAACCGUCAGCGCCCACAUCGAUACCACCAAUAGAUGAAAAAGGGAAAGCUAUCUCCACUGCGCAAGAUUCAAAGUCUCUUAUGAAGCCGCCGGAAGUUUCCGCUAACGCAAUCACCUUGUCAACACCAAAGGAAGAAGAGGUCAAAGUGGAAGAGAAGUUGAACGAGUUGCAAAUUUGAUAUGAGGUGAGAAACGACUAGAAAAGAAAAAUGCAAAAUCGAUAUAUGUAGGUUUCGGACUUUCUUGGUUUAUAUAUAAAUAUUAUGUUGUUUUGUGGGGAGAGACCAGACACGAGGCGGCAGCUUGUUGUAUUUUUGGGUGAAGUCUGAUUGCACGCGGAAGAUAGAACAAGUGGUUUUGUACUCUGGUGUAAACAUGAUGGUGGUGAGACUUGAGAGGGGUGUAGGUAGAAUCUCAAAAACGAAAUUGUUGUAUAAUUUUAUGUUUGGCUACGGCACAAAGCUAAGUUGUUAUUAUUGUUUUUUUUUUCUA